GCUUCAAUUCCCUUUUCCCCUCUUCCCCAGCUCCCUUGCUAGGUUUCCUUCCGCUCCGCCGUGAGAGCACGCCAAACAGCAGAGCACAAUCUGUUUCUUGGCUGCUGUCCAGCCCCGUCCACAGUGGCCAAAAGCCCGCCACCUCAGCCAAAUCCUUCUUCCCAAAUCUUAGGUUUUGACUUGGGGAGGCUCUGCCCAAAUUUUCUUCCCCGGUCGUCCAUUUCCAGGGGAGGUUCUGCCAAAAAAUUCUCCCCUCAUCAUCCAUUUCCCAGGGAAGGCUCUGCCAAAAAUUCCUUCACUGAUCAUCCAUUUCCCAGGGGAGGCUCUGCCAAAAAUUCCUUCGCCGAUCAUCCAUUUCCAGGGGAGGCUCUGCCAAAAUUCCAUCUGAACUUCAUUCAAUUUCCAAGGGGAGGUUCUGCCGAAAUUUGAUCUGCGACCGUUUCAUUUCCAAGGGGAGGUUCUGGCAAAAAAUAAAAAAUAUUUUUCUUGCCGCACAGCACCAAAACUUGCAUCUGAAAACAGAACAGAUCGAUAAUUUCAUUGGAAGGUAAAGAAAAGAGUCUGUUGUGUUCUUGAUGAUAGAGCCGCAGUAGCACCAGGUGUAGAUGUUGUUGCUGGUCCUGUUGGAGCAUCCCCUCUCCGGAUUUAUGGUCGGCGCAGCGAUCACUCGCCUCGUCCAGUCCUUCUCCGUCGUCUUCCUCUACUGGUUCUACGUCUUCUCCCUAACCACCCUGUAGCUCUGUAGCUGUAGCUGGAGUUCAUACUAGUAACAUAAUCAAGCUAGCUAGCACUGAGUAACGAAGGUACCCAAGUGCUGUUACAAGGUGUGUUUUUUAUACUCAAGAUAUAAGAGGAAGUGAAACUGUUGUAAGUUGUUGGGAGGUGACCAUGUCAAGUGGGACCUCGUUCACGUCGAGCCAAGGGACCCGGAGCUCCAGGUCCGCCGAGGAUUGCCCGGACCUCCGGGCCCAGAUGGAGAAGAGGAGAAAGAGGAGGAAAGAGUCCAACCGGGAGUCGGCACGCCGAUCUAGGGUGCGCAAGCAACAACACCUCGACGACCUCUCCUUGCAGGUGGAUCAGCUCAAGAACCAGAGCCAACAAAUGAACAUGGUGCUGGGCAUGACCACCCAAAACCUUGUGGCGCUGCAAGCACAGAACUCGGUGAUGCAGACACAGAAGAUGGAGCUGGAGAGCAGGCUGUGCGCCCUGGGCGAGAUCAUCUGCUGCAUGAACUCUAUCACUAGCACAGCGAACCCCGUCGCCGCCAUGGGCGCCACAACAAGCAGUGCCUAUGACAUUUUUGGCGCCGGCAGCACAUGGAGCCAGCCCAUAGACUUGUACCAGUGCUUCUAAGGAAGAAGAAGAAUGGAUGGUUGAUGUUGUCAUAGCUGGUAGGGCCUCUAUGAAGGCAUCAGGUUCUGUAUCAAUCAUGUAGGGCCUUCGUGUCACCAUUGAUGCGUGCCCCUCUCUCUCUCUCUCUCUCUCUCUUGAUUGUUUAUUUUGUGAGGUUGGGUUGUAAUGGUUGGUGAGGGAGGGUAGGAGGGGAAUUGAUGGGCCAUUUUGUCAAAGAGAGAGAGAGGCUAGGGAUUUUCUACUGGCUCCUGAUGGUGAUGUCUAGCUAGUAAGAUGUGGAAUUGGUACCUCCUGAUAUAUAGUAUAUGCAAAGUGCUUCUCCA